AAAUUAUUUGUCCCUAAUAAAUCAUUUACUAUAGUAAAUAUUGCAUAUUUUAUAGUAGGAGAUCUAAACCCAGCCAUUUAUUAUUUUAAAUUUAUUUAAUAAUUAGUGCAAAGUGAAUGUGCUUCAAAAGAAUUUUACUUACUAACAUAAGCAUUUAAAGAAUUGGUGUUUUAAAGAAUAUAUCUAUUUUUUUCCUAACUUCGUGAGUUUUUUCCAAUUUCUUACACAAAAUGUUUGAGAUUUCUUUUAUAUGUUUCAGUUUCUUUGAGUUUGCGAGAUAAGGACUAAAACAAAUCGAACUUUCUACACAGGACAAUAUAGGACAAUAUAUAGAGAGGAUGAAUUAUAAUCGUGUAUUCUUUUACUUUAUAUAUUCAUAUGCCCUUUAAUCAUUUGGAGUCUUGAUCUAUGUUUUAGUGCUACUUUUUGUGUUCCAUACACAUUUUCCAAAUUAAGGGAUGUUCUUCUUGAAAUCCUGUAUGAAAAUGUGAAGCCACUGUAGUCAAAGCUUUUGUUUGGACAAUGAUGUAGCUCCAUAAGACUACUAUCAUCAACAUAUUGUUGAUUCGUAAAUGUAGCAUAACUAGUGCUUCUUACUCGUGAGUUUUAUUCAGGCACGUUCUAAUGUAGGUUCUCAUAUUUGGGGUAAAUUUCUCCAUUUAUUGUGUUUUAUUUUAAGGAUGCGUCUUAUGUAAUUUGUUGAAGUGAUUAGUGAAAUAACAGGUCAUGGAAGGUGGUACCGUUAUGGUACCAUGUUGAGAAGAAAGACAUUGAAAAGAAAUUUUGUGUGUUGUGUACAUAUAUAAGUAUUCUUAUUUAUAAUGAAGAAGAGGUACAAUUAAUAAGGAACAAAAUCAAUAUCUAGUAAAGAGAAAUAUUUGGUGAGGUAUCCCUAUCAAAUCACAUCUAUUUCCCUAUUUUAACUUAAUCAAAUCAUGUCUCUAAUGCUUGCGCUCAAGCCAAAUCAUAUGAAACAAGUUGUUACAAAUGUCAUUGAUGCAUGACCCCUUGAGAGACUUAGUGAACAUGUUAGUUAGUUGGUAGUUGGAGCUGACGAAGUAAAUAAUGACAAAGCUAGUGGAUAUUCCCUAAACAUGACUUUCCCUCCUUCAAAGUGACAAUCAAUUUUUAAUAUGCUUCGUCUUUUCAAAAGCAUAUUUUCAAUACCCCAUUCAAGUUGAAACAUAUGUACAUUAGUCAAGCUUGUUAAAAUGGUUAGAGAGCACACCAACUAUUGAAGAGUAAAAAUGGGUAAAUAACAUGACAGUUGCCAGAAAGCACAAAAUGUUCAAUGAGCGUGCGGGUUGCUGGAAAGCAAAAUUGAUCAAAGGACACAACAAUUGCCCGAAAGCAAAAAUGCUUAGACGACACAACAAUCGCCGAAAAACAAAAAUAGUGCUUAGAGAACAAGGCAACUAUAGGAAGGUAAAAAUGUUCAUAAGACACAACAACUGCUGGUAAAAAUGUUUAUCAACAAUGAAUAGUACUCAUGCUGAAAAAACGUAGAUUACAACAAUUAGUAAUUAAUAUUUAACAUGGCCUACUUAUGAUGAAGGAGUGUAACAAAUGAGAAUUCCUAUUGUGAGCAAUGUGAAAUAUAAAUAUAAACUACUAGAUUGGAUUUGGAUGGCAAGAUUAAAAUAAAACUUCAAUUGACUUUUAAAGUUUUUAUAUGACUGUUACUUUUAUCUUUUAUCAUCCGUGUUUGAAUAUAUGAUCUGUGAUCUGUACCAUUCCGGUCGUCUGGGGUUUGACUUGAAUUCGAGGAUGGUUAAAUUGCCCAUGGACUAACCCAAACACAUGUGAUACCUACUUUGGACUUAUUGGAGAGCUUUGAAGAUACAACAAAGUUAUUAGGCACAAGGCUCUUAGGAGGUGUUUAUUUUAUUAACAAAUUCUUAUGAUUUAGAAGAUAUCUUAUCUUAUAGUUAUUACAUUUUUUGGGUAGUUAUUAAUUCUCUUUUGUUCUCCGGUUUCUAGCCCCAACUCUUGAGUUGAAUAUGAUCCAAUUUUAUUUUCUUCUUUCACGGUAAGGAAAUUUUUUGUAUUCAAAAUGAGAGUUUCAUUUGAAAUCUCCAAUUUUUUUUAUCAUGUUUUGUUUUAUCUUAUGAUUUUAGAAAAUACUUGUGUAUUUCCAUUUUGAAAGUUUUUUAUGGUAUAUUUUAGUUCUCUUGGAGAAUAUGAAGCUAAAACUGCAGUAAUAUUAGUUCAUGUUCAUCUUUAGUGCAUGUGCUUAAAAGGAAAGGUUACAUUGUUAAGAGCCUUUCUUUGGUCUUUUCUCUGUUUUUAUCUUUCUUUUGUGCAUGGUUGCUAUUUCUCUGUUUUUAUCUUUCUCGUGUCGUAAUCUUCUAAAUAUCUUUUUCCUAUGGAAUGUGGAAACGUAAAUAUAUGCUAUUGUAAGCCAUUAAAAAGACCUUUAUUCGAGAAGAAAAAAGCUGUGGAGCUAUUCACGGAGUUGAAACAAGUUAGAAUUAUUGUGGAAGAUAUGGAUGGUGAGAGAGACCAACACUCUGGAAGAAUUCAUUUAAAAUUUAUUUAAAGCAGGCUAUAAAUUGGUAAUAAACGUAGUUUGCCAAAACAAGGAAAAGUCCAACAUUUUUUGGUAAAUAAAGUCCAAAAUAUUUUAAAAGCCCUACUAGGCUGUCCCCAACUAUUUAUAACCCUCAUGAGCCAUCCAGGAGGACCAGGAUUUCCUUCUGAUCACUAUCUGCAACUGCAUUGCGUACUUUGUUUGCCCCUCACAUUUGUAGGAGAAGACCCAUAUGAUUCUUCCAAUUUAUUUCCUAUCUGAAAUCUUUUGAGCAAAGUUGAUACCUAGCCACACAUAGAUAGGCCGUUCCUCUUUAAAGUAAGAAGAAUGGAAUUAGAUAAGCUCAGUAAACUUGAACAACCUCCUCUCCCUAGCGCAUACAUCCGUAGCCUAGUUAAACAACUAACUACCUCUGGAACAAAAGGCUCCAUGAAUACGAAAGACCAAAGUUUUGUUGUGAACGGUGGUGUUUCCCAUGGUCAUAAUUCAAAACAUGGGAAAGUUGCACAUGCUCGUCGGGCACAGCAAUCCAUGCAACCUCAACAACAUAAAAAACAAGUUAGGAGGAGACUCCACACUAGUAGGCCUUAUCAAGAAAGGCUUUUGAACAUGGCAGAGGCUCGGAGGGAGAUUGUCACUGCCUUGAAAUUUCACAGGGCAGCUAUGAAAGAAGCAAGUGAACAGAAGCAGCAACAACAGCAACAGACCCAAGAACAGCAGAGAAGGCCAUCAGUAUCCCUCCAGCCCUCCCAGUGUCUAACUUUUGACCAAGAUGGAAAAUUUAAGUCCAGGCGAAAUCCCAGAAUUUAUCCUGCAUGCACAUCCUAUUCAUGCUUAUCCCAACCUCCUUCUUCGGUUCCAAAUUCUUACACCUGGCCUGCUGCUUCCCCAAUCACUCCACCACACCUUUUGACUGAAAACCCCAAUUUCAUACUUCCAAAUCAGACUUUGGGAUUGAAUCUCAACUUUCAAGAUUUCAACAACUUAGAUGCUACCUUUCUCUUCAAUAACUCGUCAUCAUCCUCUAACUCAUCUGCAACCUCGUCUUCUCCAGAGGAACUUCCUUCCCUUGGAAUAUCCCAGGCAGAGGGGUUAUAUUCAAUGGGGGAUACUGUUGAAUCCAAUGCUGCAACACAGGUAAAUGGAGGCUUACACACAGCCAUGGACGAUGAGGGUAUGGCAGAGAUCAGAUCGUUGGGAGAGCAAUAUCAAAUGGAAUGGAAUGACACCAUGAAUUUGGUCAAAUCAGCUUGUUGGUUCAAGUUCUUGAAAAACAUAGAACAUAGGGCACCUGAAGCCAAGAACGAAGAUGAUGCAUACCAUAUUUUUGACCAACUUUUGGAGUUUCCAGCUUGGUUGAAUGCAAACGAGAGCUGCUUAGAGCAGUGCUCGGUGGAUUAUUUUCAGGAUUCUUCCUUGCCUCGCAUGGAUAUUGGAGAUUUUGACACUAUGGAUGACGAUUGGUUAGCGUGACACCCACAAGGAUUAGUUGUUUUCAUCGAGUGAUUUUCUGUGAUGCUCUCAAUUUCAUAUUUCUUUCCUCGGUCCCAUUUCACUGCUUUAUUUUUGGAUAGCAAAUAAAACUUGCAAAAUAUCUGUUGAGGCAGGUACCAUCAAUAAUUUUAUUGAUGAACAUUUAUACACCCCUUGCUAUUAUAUCACUGUGUAUUUUGAUAUUGAACAAUAUCAUAUCUGUUCGUGUGA